UUUCAACAGCCUCGAAAGGCUCGUCUGACGGCGGCCGAACUGCACGGCCUGCCUCGGCCCGACCGGUUGCGAGUCCUGCAUUUGGGCCUGCACACCUGCAACUGUUCAUCCACGCGAAAAGAGCUCGCCUGGCUGGUGGAUCACGCGAGGCUGGAUCGGCUCUCCGGCUACCUCUACUGCGAUCUGCUCAGCCUGCCUCGGGUCCUACCUGUCGAGGCUGGCGAGCGUCUUUUGGGCAAUUUGGAGGCUCGAGUCGGUGAUGCCGUCCUCGAGAGGACGAGUGAAACCGCCGAGUUGGUGGACAUUCGUGCGAUAAAAACGAAUCUGAAGCGAAUAAGACCGCCCACCAGAUGGCAUAUGAGAGUCAGCUUUCCUCUCUUCUUCUUCUAUCGCCUCUUAGAGACAGCCUGUGACGCCGCCACAGAGUUGGCAAGCCCUAUAACAUUUCAGCAUAAAGCUGACAUGUCCGACAAUACAACAAAGUCAGCUGAAAAGUCGGAAGAUAAGCCUUUACGAGAGCAAAUAAAGGCCCACCAUGAGAAACCCACUGGCCAGGAGACAAACGAUGAAACCAGUCAACUGACUGGGCCCAAGAAAGCAGGCAAAGAGAAGAGUUCAAUGGAAGAAAACAUCGCCCAGUUCGUGAAUGCAGAAAUGGGUAGACCAGAAAAGCUAUCGAGCAGACGAGAAUUGCAUCAGUCGCAGAGUGUGGCCCAUCUAGCCAGCCAUGGCUGUUCGCUGUUGACGAGUAUCGUCCAGACAGACCGCAUGUACCUAACUUUCUCAUGUAUCACCUUUUGUAUACUCAUAGCUCUAUUUUCUACUAUUUGUUAA